AUGGCUGUUCGCACCGACCACGACGCAACGAGUUCGGAGAGGAUGCCUCUGCUUUCCGACGCAGGCUCCCAUGAACAUGAGCCGCCCUCGCCGACAAAGUCGUCGAGCGUCGGCGUCGGCGCGCUACCCGUGCCGCCCGUGGACCAAAAAGACAAGCUGCACAGAGGGCUCAGUGCUCGUCAAGUGCAGAUGAUAGCCAUAGCUGGUACCAUCGGCACCGGCUUGUUCUUGGGCACCGGACGGUCACUGGCGCAGGGAGGCCCUGCGAGCAUGCUCAUCUGCUACUGCAUAGUCGGCUUCAUCGUCUAUGUCACAUUGCUUCUACUAGGAGAAAUGGCAACGCAGUACCCCGUCGCUGGCUCAUUCAACGCGUAUGCGACACGCUUCUUCUCGCCUUCCUAUGGAUUCGCCCUAUCGUGGAACUACUGGUUCAAUGACGCAGUAUCCGUCGCAUCCGACCUCACCGCUGCACAGCUCGUGCUCGACUUCUGGAACGUACCUCAUCCAUGGAUCAUCUCUCUGGUGCUCUGGGUCUUCCUGGUCGGCGUCAAUGCAAUCCACGUGCGCGCCUACGGCGAAAUGGAAUACUGGCUUGCGUCGCUUAAGGUCAUCACCGUCGUCAUCUUCAUCUUCAUCGGUAUCAUAGUCAAUGCCGGCGUCAACCGUCAGCAUCACUACAUCGGCGGUGAAUACUGGCAUAUACCAGGUGCACCAUUUGUUGGCGGAUUUGGAGGGUUUGCGCACGUCUUUGUGACUGCCAGCUUUGCAUACGGUGGCACGGAGAGCCUGGGCAUCACUGCGGGAGAGACGAAAAACCCGACCAAGACGAUGCCGAAGGUCGUCAAGGUCGUGUUCUGGCGCAUCCUACUCUUUUACGUGCUCAGCAUCAUCCUUAUCGGCCUCGAUGUACCCUAUACGUAUCCAAACUUGUCCAAUAAGACAACCACGACUUCACCCUUCACUAUCGUGUUCACAUCCGUGGGAUCCAACGUUGCAGGGUCGUUCAUGAACGCAGUGAUUCUUACGUCGGUCAUUUCUGCGGGGAAUCACGCCCUCUUCGCCGGAACGCGCGUGCUGUAUGGCCUGGCCAGCACCUCUCAAGCCCCCAGCUUCUUCCGCCACACUACGAAGCAAGGUGUACCGCUCGCUGCGCUACUCGCCACCGCCUCUAUCUCAGGACUCUGCUUCGGCAGUUCUUUCAUCGGAUCCGGACAACUGUGGGGCUGGCUGCAGAACAUCGUCGGAGUCUCAAACCAGAUAGCAUGGGUCAGCAUCGGGUUGGCGUCGUGGCGUUUCCGGACGGCGUGGGUCCGACAAGGUCGUCCAUUGGAAGAACUCAAGUAUCGUUCACGCUGGACAUGGGGAUGGGGACCUCCCUUUGUAGUCAUCACCACCACAGCGCUGAUCCUCAUUCAGGGAUGGUCCAGCUUGUUCCCCGUGUUCACAGCGGUCGACUUCGUUUCCUUCUACAUCGAGAUACCCGUCAUGAUUGUCAUGUACGUGACAUGGGUUUUGGUCACCCGUGCGCUACGGCCGAAGCCGCAGGAGGUGGAAGAAUCCGACGGCGGUCUGAAGCGGAAACUCUUCAGAUGGCUAGACAUUGUCGACUCGAGGACGGUUGAUCUACGCGCCGACGAGUUCGAGGAUCUGCCGGAGAGUGCGGAAGAGGUGGCGGCGCACGAAAGAAGGAAGGGUGCGAGGGGAUGGGCGCAGAGGGUGUAUCAUGCCAUCGCGUGA